UACUUUCCUGCAUAAAUCUCCGUCAAAUUGAAUUAUACGUCUUCGCUUCAAGAAUGGACCUUUUUUCUAAACUCAGUGGCUCCACCGACAAGCCGGAGGACCCGGAGCACCACCGGACAUCGGCUUCCGAUCUCUUGUCCAGCGCCAAACUGGUGGCGGAUGCGGCCAAAUCCUCUUUUGGCGGCGAGAGCCACGCCGUCGACAAGGGCAAGGUCGCCGGAGCAGCCGCCGACCUUCUCGGGGCUGCUUCUGAUUACGGCAAAUUCGAUGAAACCAAAGGACUUGGCAAGUAUGUAGACAAGGCCGAGGACUAUCUCAAUCAGUAUGAAAAGUCUCAUUCCGCUCCCCACGGCUCCGACGCCGAGCCGAAGCCACCGAAGGCCGAGGAGCCGCCGAAGAAAGAGAACUCCGGCGAGGGGGAACACGGCGGAUCUGGGUUUGGGGAUUAUUUGAAGGUGGCUGAAGGCUUCUUGAAGAAAUAGUCUCUUUUUCUUUCGCAGCUGGGUGUUUCUUUUAUGUCUUUCUGUGUAAUUCUGUAAAUAAAGGUUUGCAUUUACUGCUUAACCUAUGAUGAAUUUGGAUGUUGUACUAGUUAAUUUUCUCUGUUUUACUAA